AAGCGGGAGGCUACAAAAACAUGAACAAGCAAGAUGGCGACCGCCGAGAGACUCAUAUCAAGGUUGGCUGUGGUCACAGGCGGGGGCAGCGGGAUCGGACGCGCCGUGUGUCAGCGCUUUGCCUCCGAGGGCGCCUCCGUGGUGGUCGCUGACAUCAGCGAGGAGUCGGCGAACGAGACCCUGCAAAGCCUGCCGACUGGCCUCAGAGGUCUGGGUCACAUGGCUGCCAUGGCAGACGUGUCGUCAAAGGAGAGUGUCAGGACGCUGAUCACGAGCAUCCAGACUCGCUACUUCCAGCCGCCUUCGGUGUGCGUGAACGCGGCCGGGAUCACCCAGGACGACUUCCUCCUCAGCAUGGAGGAGGAACACUUUGACAGGGUCAUCCAGGUCAACCUCAAAGGCUCUUUCUUGGUCACUCAGGCUGUCGCUCAGGCUUUGGUGGCCUGUGGAGCCGCCAAAGGGUCCAUCAUUACUGUGGGCAGCAUUGUGGGCAAGGUGGGAAACAUGGGACAGGUGAAUUACGCCGCCUCUAAAGCCGGCGUGGAGGGUUUGACCAGGACCGCCGCCAAGGAGCUCAGCAGGUUUGGGAUUCGAUGUAAUUGUGUGCUGCCGGGUUUUAUAUCCACCCCCAUGACGGACAAAGUACCGGAGAAGGUGAUCAGCAAGAUGAAGUCUUUGGUGCCUCUGGGGAGGAUGGGCGAAGCAGCAGAGGUCGCUGAUGUGUGCGCCUUUCUGGCCUCGGAUGAUGCUCGCUACGUCACAGGAGCCAGUGUGGAAGUGACAGGCUGCAGAGCAUCAGCAGACAUGUUCUACACCUGUGGGCCCAACGAAGCUAUGGUGGUGUCAGGAUUCUGUCGCUCUCCUCCGCUGAUGAUCGCUGGAGGCCGAGUCUUCGUCAUCCCUUGCGUGCAGCAGUUACAGAGGAUCUCCCUCAACACUCUGACGCUGAACGUGAAGAGCGACAAGGUGUACACGCGCCACGGCGUGCCCGUGUCCGUCACGGGCAUCGCGCAGAUGAAGAUCCAGGGUCAGAACAAGCAGAUGUUGGCCGCUGCCUGCCAGAUGUUCAUGGGGAAGUCGGAGGCGGAGAUAGCGCAGAUCGCCUUGGAGACGCUGGAAGGGCACCAGAGGGCCAUCAUAGCACACCUGACUGUGGAGGAGAUCUACAAGGACCGCAAGAAGUUCUCCGAGCAGGUCUUCAAAGUAGCCUCCUCUGACCUGGUCAACAUGGGCAUCAGCGUGGUCAGCUACACGCUCAAAGACGUGCACGACGACCAGGAUUACCUGCAUUCUCUGGGGAAGGCUCGCACGGCCCAGGUCCAGAAAGACGCUCGUAUCGGCGAGGCGCUCAACAAGAGAGAUGCUGUGAUCAGGGAGGCCCACGCCAUGCAGGAGAAGAUCUCGGCUCAGUACAAGAACGAGAUCGACAUGGCCAAGGCCCAGCGUGACUAUGAGCUCAAGAAGGCCGCCUACGACGUUGAAGUCAACACCAAGAAGGCGGAGUCAGAGAUGGCCUACCAGCUGCAGGUGGCCAAGACUAAGCAGCGCAUCGAGGAGGAGAGGAUGCAGGUGCAGGUGGUGGAGCGCAGCCAGCAGAUCACGCUGCAAGAGCAGGAGAUCACCCGCAAGGAGAAGGAGCUGGAGGCCAAGGUGAAGAAGCCCGCCGAGGCCGAGAGAUAUCGCCUGGAAAAACUGGCCGAGGCCCAGCGCCUCAAGUUGAUCAUGGAGGCUGAAGCAGAGGCGGAGUCCAUCAAGAUCAAAGGCGAGGCGGAGGCCUUCGCCGUGGAGGCCAAAGGUCGCGCCGAGGCCGAGCAGAUGGCGAAGAAGGCGGAGGCCUUCCAGCAGUACCAGGACGGCGCCAUGGUGGACAUGUUGCUGGAGAAACUGCCCCUGAUGGCAGAAGAGAUCAGCAAGCCUCUGUGUCAGGCCCAGAAGAUUACCAUGAUAUCGAGUGGCGGCGACGUGGGCGCCGCCAAACUGUCCGGAGAGGUCCUGGACAUCAUGACGCGCCUCCCCGACGCGCUGGAGAAGCUGACCGGGGUCAACAUCUCCCAGGUGAGCUCCCGUAUUGGCUGAGGAAUCUCGGCUGGUCUCCUGUUCCUGGACGCCAUUAUCUGCACGGGUCAUUGAACACAUCGUCGGCUCCCUGCACAUUUCUCUCUUUGUUUCGUCGGGUUGUCCUGUUCACCUUCCUUUUCCACUCUGUGUGUGGACACGUGGUGUGCACGUACAAUUUACCUUGUUCUUACUUUUGUUGUUUUUUUAGGUGGCCUGGAAGUGCAAAACACUUUCAUCCUUGAAACAAAUUACAGAAAACCAAAGGCAAAACAAUUUACAAUUCAAGCUGCAAGCAGCGUUGAGAGGGCCAUGACGCAUGCAGUCGCCUUCUUCCCAAAGUCCCAAUCCACCAUCAAACAUUUUAGGAAGAUCGGAGCAUGAGGAAGUAAGUUACGACCGUUAUCAUUUUCCACCACAAGGGGCGAUGUUGGUGUCAAUAUCAAUGUCUAGUCAUGAUCAGUUCUCGACCUUAAAGCCUAAUAUUAGGUUGGAAAAAUAUCUGAUCAUGUUAAGUGCAGUAAUGACAGUUGGAUGGUUGAUGGCGAGGAGCGGUUUUCGCCGCCAGGCUCCGUUCACCACGAAUGGGUGCUAACAGUUACUGACCCAUCCGGGACUACAGGGUGUCAUCAUCAUCAUUUCUACCAAUUAAGAUCAAGAUCUGACUUUGUGGAGCCGAGUUAUAAAUGUUGAAAGUUUUGUGGCAAAGUUGCUUCACAAUUUAUCAUGAUUCAUCUGUCUAGUAUGUGUCAUUUUAACUGCCACUUAUUUGGUCAAAGUUCAUAGGAGUUCAUUAGAGUACGACCCCUGCUUUUGGCCUAAAAAUGGCCGACGGAAACCAAGAUGGCCGACUUCCUAUUUGUUUUCAAAUAUGCGUUUUUGAGACUUUUACCUGCGUCCUGUCAUGAUGGAUGUCUGGAGGGAUUUUCGUGACGAUACGUGAAUCUGGGAUGAGAGGCAUAAUUUUAGAGAGCCAAUUUUUAAAAAGUUUUUCAGGGGUCUGGGCCCCUAAAAUAUCCGAUUUUUUUGAUGCACCAAACAUGCUUGCAAAAAUGGAUGACUUUUCAUGCAUGUUACUGCCAUCUAACGUCCUGGACUUACAACUGUAACUGAGACUCAAAAAUGUUAUAAUAAAACAAGAUAUGACUGGACAACAGUUAUCAUAAUCAGCUCUUUUUUUG